AUAUUGCUGCAGCUGGAGGGGCGCCGCGGGAGGGGGAGCUGGUGCAGGGAGCCCCCCCCCCCCACUCGCUCCGGGCUGCGUGCGGCUGAGCAGGGCCCCGCCCGGCGGGGGGAGCGCCUGGAGCAGGAGCGGGGGGGACGCGGCGGCCGGCCCGGGGCGCAGAUGGCGACCCAGGUGGAGGCUCUCCUGCCCGGCAACCCCCUACUGCCCGCCGAGGAGCACGGGCUGCUCAUCAAGAAGCCCCAGGAAGGGGCCCGGGAGAAGGGCGAGCCCCCCAUGCCCCAAGGGGAGGAGGGCCGCGGGGGCGCCCCGGACAGCUGCCCCAAGGGGGGCGGCGGCGGCGUGGCGGCGGGGGAGCAGCCCCGGCGGAGCGCGGCGCCCAGGCCGCCCAGCAUCAAGCAGCAGAAGGAGGAGAGCAACAACCAGGAGAAGGAGAACCUGCUGCAGCAGCGCGGCGGGGGCGAGAACCGGCUGCUGGGCGAGGCGGGGGGCAGCAGCGGCGGCGAGGAAGGCGGCGAGCAGGGAGGAGGCGGGCGCAAGGAAUUCAUCGAGGCCCCCCCGCCCAAGGUGAACCCUUGGACUAAAAACGCCCCGGUGGCCGUGGUCACAGUCAACGGACAGUCCCCCCCAGAACAUACAACUCCAGCCAAAGUGGUGAGGGCCGCAAACCCCAGGCCGCGGAAAGGAAGCAAGGUUGGUGACUUUGGUGAUGCCACGAACUGGCCAACCCCUGGAGAAAUAGCCCACAAGACCAUCCAGCAGCCACCCAAACCCCAGCCCCUCCGGAAGCUGCCCAUCAAGAAAGACAUGAAAGAACAGGAGAAGGGGGACGGGAGUGAAGGCAAAGAGAACCUGAAAACCAAAUCGGACGAGUCCGGGGAGGAGAAGAACGGGGACGACGACAACCAGAAGUUGGCGCAGAAGAAGAAAGGCAACAAGCACAAGUGGGUCCCUCUGCAAAUAGACAUGAAGGCGGAGGCGCCCAGGGACAAAACGGCCUCUCGGAACAACCGGCAGAACGAGCAGCACAGGCACCCUUCCAACAACCGCAGUGAACUGAAAGGCUGGCACCCGGAUAACAAGCACGAGCGGAACUGGCCUGAUCACGACGAAACCUCCAGCGUCAAGAGCGAGGGAGGAGCAGUGCGAGGAGCCUUCCGGGGCAGGAGCCGGGGCCGAGGCCGGGGCCGGGGCCGAGGACGAGGAGGCACUCGCUCGCACUUUGACUACCAGUACGGCUACCGGAAAUUCGACAGCUCGGACGGCUCGCGCACCCAGAAGUACGCCAGUAACAUCACCUACUACUUCGAUAACGUCAGCAGCACAGAGCUGUACAGCGUGGAUCAGGAGCUGCUCAAGGACUACAUCAAGCGGCAGAUAGAGUACUACUUCAGCGUGGACAACCUGGAGCGGGACUUCUUCCUGCGGCGCAAGAUGGACACGGAAGGCUUCCUCCCCAUCACCUUGAUCGCCAGCUUCCACCGGGUGCAGGCCCUGACCACGGACGUCGGCCUCAUCGUCAAGGCUCUGAAAGACAGCAAGGUGGUGGAGAUUGUGGACCAGAAGAUCAGGAGAAAGGAGCAGCCAGAAAAAUGGCCUCUCCCUGGCCCCCCCAUGGCGGACCACACACAGACUGACUUCUCUCAGCUCAUCAACUGUCCCGAGUUCGUCCCCCGGCAGAGCUUCCAAAAGGAAACAGAAUCUGCGCCCGGCUCUCCCCGUUCUGCCAGCCCUGUGGCGACUAAGACUGAGGAGAUCAGCAACCUGAAGACGAUGCCCAAAGGCCUGUCUGCCAGCUUGCCGGACUUGGAUUCAGAGACGUGGAUCGAAGUGAAGAAGAGGCCUAGGCCUUCCCCAGCCAGACCCAAGAAAGUGGAGGAGUCGAAGGCACCACAGAAACAGAAGGACCAAGACGAGCCUGAGGAGCUGGACUUCCUAUUUGACGAGGAAAUGGAGCAGAUAGACGGCCGUAAGAACACCUUCACCGACUGGUCGGACGAGGAUUCAGACUACGAGAUCGACGACAGGGACGUGAACAAGAUCCUGAUUGUGACGCAGACGCCCCCUUACCUGCGCCGACACCCUGGGGGGGAUCGCACAGGCAAUCACACCUCCAGGGCAAAAAUGAGCUCUGAGCUAGCCAAGGUCAUCAAUGACGGGCUGUAUUACUACGAGCAGGACCUGUGGACGGAGCAGUUUGAGCCUGAAUACUCGCAGAUCAAGUGCCACGUUCUGGGCAGCCGAUUCCAAGACUCUAACUUCAACCCAACGAGCAGCACAGCAGUUCAGGGAGCGAAAGCUAGUUGGGCUGUGAAGCAAGAAGUGGAGAACUUCAAGAAAGUGAAUAUGAUCAGCCGGGAGCAGUUCGAUACUCUGACCCCGGAGCCCCCUGUCGAUCCAAACCAGGAAGUCCCCCCUGGACCCCCCAGAUUCCAGCAAGUUCCUACCGACGCUUUGGCCAAUAAGCUAUUCGGAGUCCCCGAGCCUUCAACCAUCGCCCGAUCUCUGCCAACCACUGUGCCAGAAUCGCCGAACUAUCGCAACGCCAGGACCCCCCGGACCCCUCGCACGCCUCAGCUGAAAGACCCAACGCAGACGCCCCGGUUCUACCCAGUGGUGAAGGAGGGCAGGACGAUAGAUGCCAAGACCCCCCGGAAGAGGAAGACGCGGCACAGUUCGAACCCCCCCAUGGAAUGCCAUGUGGGCUGGGUGAUGGAUUCCCGGGAGCACAGGCCUCGCACGGCCUCCAUCAGCUCCAGCCCCUCGGAAGGAACCCCUGCCGUCGGGAGCUACGGCUGCACCCCUCAGUCGCUGCCCAAGUUCCAGCAUCCUUCCCACGAGCUGCUCAAGGAGAACGGCUUCACGCAACAUGUGUAUCACAAGUACCGGCGGCGCUGCCUUAAUGAGCGGAAACGACUGGGCAUUGGUCAGUCCCAGGAGAUGAACACGCUCUUCCGGUUCUGGUCGUUUUUCCUCCGAGAUCACUUUAACAAGAAAAUGUACGAGGAAUUCAAGCAGCUGGCAUUGGAAGAUGGGAAGGAGGGAUACAGGUACGGCCUAGAGUGCCUUUUCAGAUACUACAGCUACGGGCUGGAGAAGAAAUUCCGGCCGGACAUAUUUAAGGAUUUCCAAGAAGAAACCAUCAAGGAUUAUGAAGCUGGGCAGCUCUAUGGGCUGGAAAAGUUUUGGGCCUACUUAAAAUAUUCCAAAGCCAAAAAUCUGGACAUCGAUCGCAAGCUGCAAGAAUACCUCAGCAAGUUCAGGCGCCUCGAGGACUUCCGAGUGGAUCCACCCAUGGGAGAGGAAGGUGGUCACAAGCGAUUCCCGUCAACGUCGGGAGGAGAUGGAAGGAAGCGCUACCCCUCCCAGUCUUCCAGCAAACCGGUCAGCCAGUCCUCAUCCAGCCAAGCCCAUGCCUCAUCCAGCCAGCCUGCGAGAGAGGAUGCCAAAAACCUGAGCCACCAUGCCCUUGCCACAGCGGCUGUGGAAUCUCAAACACUGGGGAAGUAGAGAAGCUGGAGCUUCUGCUUCCUGUUGGGGAAGGGGUGGGUUGGUGGGGAAUUUGACCGGGGGAGGGGAGGGACAGAAGGGGAGUCGGAACGUGGGUGUCCAGGAAUAGGCUGCUGGGGGAAACUUCAACGCACACGGCCUCUCUUGUGGCUGGAAAACAAGACGAUCACAAUCCAAAAAGGAUCCUUUGCUUGCUGUCUGUCACUGACUGGAGCCGGACCCCCUCCGCCCCCACUUUCAUGUCUUAGCUUCUUUCUGGGUGGGUUGGGAAGGGGGAGAUAUUUUUUUUAUUAUAUAUAUAUCAAGUUUUAAAUUAUUGAUAGAAGUUCGUCUGGAUUUACCAAAAUCACUCUGCGCUACGCAGCCCCUCCCCGCCCGACACUCACCCCUUCAGAUCAGCUAUGCAGCCUGCUCGGAAAGCUACCAGGUUCCGUGUCGAGUCGGCCUGUGGCACCGCCGACGUCCCUGACCCGGCUGACUUCACCCAUUCCGAAUACAAGGAUGCGUUUUAAAAACAAACAAAAACCCAACCGAUACAGAAAGACUUGAUUGUAUUUGCCCCUCCUCCCGCCAGCUCCAUUUCCCUCCACCCAACUAGCCCUUCCAUCAUGGACAAUUGGAAGUCAACCAAAGGACCUUGACCAGGCGUCGCGAUGGGCUCAUUCAACCUUUCUGUGCGAGGACAGCGAGGAUGGGAGCUGCAGGCUCGAGCAGGAACGCUGACCGCACUAGAAGAAGGAGCUUUCUCUUCCUCUCCCUUUUGAAAACCACAAACACACACGCGGGGGGGAAAAACCCCUCUACACAGACUGCUCUCCCUUGGCUUUCUUCCUUGAAAAUAAUUGUUCAAAAAAAAAAAAAAAAAAGAAAAAAAUGUUGCCUUAUUGUGGAGUGGGAGUUCUGUGACCCACCGGACUUCCUCACGUGGCCUCGGGGCGUGGCGUCUGCGUGGGACGAGAACCCUCGGCCGAGCAGCGGGAGCCCCUCCGUAACCGCCUCCCUUUGGGAGACUCCUGCGGGAACGGCUGGCGAUCUCCCAGCAACCCGGUUGCAUUGACACAGACACCGGAGCUGCUUUCUGAAGCCGAGAGGGACGUUGUACAGACUAUGCAGGACGAUCCCCCCCCCCUUCCCUUGGAGGUGGGCUCUAGUGCCCACUCUGGAGAGGAAGCGGUGCUGACGCAGCUUAAUCUAAGACUUAAUAGCCUAAGUAGUUGAAGCCGAUGUAAUGUAUAUACUGUUGUAGUGUCCUUCCUGCUACAGCAACUGGCCGUGCUAUUGCCUCACUCAGACUUACAGGUGCACUGUCAUUUUCUUUCCUCUUCCACCAGCCCAAUAAGCAGGGGCAGCACUGGUGGGGUUAUCGGUCUGCUCAGUCUGCUGGGAGAGUAGGAGCCUAGCGGGGUGUGGGGGACAGCCUCAGUGGCCGGAUUUCUUACUACUAAGGGGAGGUGUGGAGCUGAGAGAAAUGUGAAUGUCCCGGAGUACGUUAAUGCUGUGGCCCAGCAGCUGAGGAAGGCGGAUCCAAGAAACCCAUCUUGGACAAGCGCUGACCCAGGGGGCUGGUGGGGUGGGGAUGGUCUCAAUUCAGGAGGCUGCCUGCGAAAUGUGGUCACAGUGCAGGUUUCCCUGUUACAGAUGGGUGCAUUCAGUGCUCCUCUUUCCCCCCCAUUAGGGUGCACGGCAGGCACCACACCGCAGCAUGAGACUGCUUCGGGAAGCGAGUCACCCCCCAGAGUUUGCGUUCGGACUCUCCAGAACACCAGCUGAGUCUGGUGGGAUUUGACCAGGGUGGGGAGCAGACGGGGCUGAGAUGGCACAGAAGGAAGUUGUAGCUGGCAAGGUGUCCUGCGUCCCGGCAACGAGGCAAUGUGGAAUUCAGGCUUGAAGGCAGAGGUGAAUUCCCUGGGAGGGGAAGGGAUACUUCCCUUGCUGGUAAUAUGCUCUGCCUCCAUGUGCUCACGCAUGUGCUUUGCUGGGUUCUGUGCUGUAUCUCCUUUGUGUGUUGGCCUUGCAAGCCAGGGAAGACCUUGCUCGAUGGGUAUCGAAAAGAAUGUCUGCAGAUGCUGCUACCUUGACCUGCUGCUGUCUGGGCAGCGUAGGACCCGCCCUAGGUCAUUGCUGCCCCAUCAGCUUUUCAUGCAAUGGCAUGUCACCUCUGAGCAUCCCGCUGAUUGAGGGCUGCCUCACGUACUAAGUACCACUCCUGGCAAGGGGGUGUCUCUAGGCCUUGCAUGCUGCUUAGCAGCUGGGAACCCUGCCCUGUACCGACAGGAAGCCCAACAGUGCUGGGGGGCAAAGCUCAGUACAGUGAGCUGGGUGGAUCAGCCAGUGUUUGUCGCCGUUGGGUAUUGGCAUUGCCAGAGGUGGGUAGCGAGAGGUCCAUGUGCUGCUAAUGUGCCCUGUCCAGUGAAAGCAACCAGCUUCUCAGUUACACUGCAUAAAACAGGCUGCGGGGGGUGGGGGCGGGCAAAGAUGCUGGUUGUUUCAGAGCAGCUUUGGGUGACCCUACAGCCGAGGAGCUGCCACAAGCUAGAGCUCAGCCAAGGGAACUGAGUGGCUGGUACUUAGUGUUUCCUCAGAUCAAGAUCCUGGUAUAUUCCGCAGCUAAAGCCCGCUAAUGAUUUAAACACACAGGCCUGCCCAGAGUCCUUGCCUUAGUCUGCUGUGUCUGGGAUAGCACGGAGAGCCCCAACACACAGGUGCAGCGCGAUCGCGCGUCAGCCCUGAUUUUCAGCCUUGACUUUGAAUUUCCCUAGUCCUGUGAGCUGGAGCCAGACCCUCCCUCUGGUAGGCGUGUUGGGAUUUAGAUGGGGGUGGAGGAUAUUGAGCAGUGACUGUGGAGACACAGCUGUCUGUUACUGGGGGACAUGAUCUCUUUGUUACUAGUUGUUUGCAUCUGAACAACUCAAACCAGAAACUAGGAAAAAUGGGCUCGCCUUGAGGAGUGGUUGCUAGUGAAGUCAACAGGCUAGAGGAGCCAUUGGAUGGCAGAAGUACCCAGGAAUGUCCCAGAGAGCUUCAGAAAUCCAAACCGAUUGAUUGGCUGUUUUUUGUUUGUGCGACACCCUUUCCAAUUUCAGCCCAGAGCAGUUUGUUUCCCAUUUUAGUCAGUGGUUUGUCAUUUGUCAUCAGUGUGAAUGGGGCCUCUGUCUAGGAAGUCUUCCCUGCGGGAGAAGCUUGCCCAGAAGAGAGAUCCCAGCAGUUGUGCCGCAGCCCAGGAUUGACAUGCCGUUGAGUUGUAGCAGAUUACAAUAGGGUCAAGUAUGAGCUGUGUUUGCACGUUGCUGUGUGAGGCAGGUCCAGAUACCUGGGGGAGGGAGAGGAGACGUGGAAAUGAACCCGAGAGAGGCAGCUGCGUUGCAUCCUGCGUAUGGUCCUGAAGACUGACACAAAUCAAGGCAACAAGGUCCUGUUUCACCCUCUGCUCUAGAGGGAGAGGAGACCUUUGCUGUUUACUGCCUGCAGUGUAUGAUGCAGGCCACGUUCCAAAGAGGGGAGGACAAUCUAGCGUUGGAUGGCACCGGGAGUACGAGUCUCUGGCACCGUUGCUGAGACGAGGGCUGACCGCAUAGGGUUCUAGCCUGUCUCCACAGGCACAGAGCCCCACAGCCUGGUUAGUGGGUACCAGGGCUGACUGAACACUAGGAUUGACCUCAGAGAGGUCUGCCAUGCCUCAUGGUGCACAUGGGACGAGUCUCCGGACGCACCUUCCCAAAGCUGUGAGACCCACCUCUAUGUAGAAUAUAUAGCAAGAGGAUUGCAUGUGGCCAAACGCGCCUCCGAGGCGGGGAGCUGGCUGUUAAAAUACGUUUCCCUUCUAGAGAAGAGCAGAUGGUCUGAUAUUUGCAUUGGCCUGAUUUCCUUCCCCCACCACCACUUUCCUGAGAGGAACUUGAUCUCCGUUCUAGUCAGGGAUGGUCCAUCUUGACCAUCUCACCUCCUUUAAAAAGGUUCUCCCAUGUGCUGGUUGGUUCUGUAGCUUGCGGUUGCCGUGUCUGCUGCAGUGGGAGUCAGAGGCAGCUGUUAAUGCAGAGCUAAGUCUGCCCCACAACCCCCAAGUGGGGGUGCAGUUGGCCUCACCAUUUCAGGUGGAAGAAGUGUCUGUUAAAUCAUGUGCAUCUCCUCUCUCUUGGGCGUUGGACGUCCAUCUUGCAUACAGGUAGCUGUGGCAGGAUCCAAAACACUGUGGUUCAGGGUUUGCACAGAGGUGGGGUUGGUUUUGGUUUUUUUAAAGGAAUACGUAUCUAGGUGCUGCUGCUCUGUCUGCUCCUCGUGGCUUGUUCCCCCCUCCCGGUGGUUAUCUGUAAUUGUUGGAUUCUGUCCAGGUUCUGUAUUCACUCACUGCUUCUGAUUGGUUGACUGUACUGUAACAAAUGACAUAUUAACCUCAAAACUCUGCCAUACUUCUGUACACGUACAAUACGACAAUGCGGAGGGGAGCCUUUUAGCUGUUAAUGCCUUUCUGAUCUAUAUUUUGUUUUAUCAAGCAAAAACACACACAAAUCUGUAAAUGUAGCAAAUUGUUUGCAAUGCUCUAUAUUCUGUGUGUCUCUCUUCUCCGAGACUUUGGGUUGUCUGCUCACUUUCUUUUGGAAUCAACGUUAGGCUCUUACUAAGGAGAGGGUUGCUACACUUGAUGUUAAAUGCCUCACUGACUUUUUAGUUUUAAUUUCCAAUUCCUAUAAUAAUAGAGGAGAGUGGGUUUUUUUGAAAACAGUUUCAUCUCUGAUGUGGAUUGGGUGGAGUGACUUUUAAAAAAAAAAUUCUAGGGGUAACGUUUCAAAGAAUCGUUUACAUCUUCACUUUCUGAAGACACUUGAACAUAGGACCGACGUAUCUGUGACAAGCACACCCUAUGGUUGGAAGCUCUCAAAGCGUGAAAGGGCAUGGGCUUAAACCUAUCCAUUUUGGUUUUUAUAGGCACUUUCAUGUCAAAAGUCAGAUGUAUUUCAACUAACACCCCAACCCCUCCUCUUUAUUCCUCAGUGGUACGUUCCCACUUCUCAUCACCUCCAGAAUAUCAGUCUUGUACAAUAGGUUGGCUUGUACCAAUGAUAUCCCUGGGAGAGGGGGGCUUGGUAUCGUUUCAUCCAUUGGAGUCUUCCUGGCAUAGUGUUGUGUGCCUGUGGGAAAGGAUGGCCGAACUCUCCUCCCUUUCCAACCCCAGCCUUGGUUGCUCCCUGCGGAAUGUACUAUCAUUGGGGUUGGAACCCCAGCCCAGGAAAUUCCGACUCGGAAAUUGACACUGAGCUUUUAACUGGAAGUGGUUGGAGCAGGGAAGGUUUUCCGGUGUCAGUUCUCACUCUGAACUGCUCAAAGCUGUGUGGAUAACCUGCCUUUCAAUAAAGAGCCAGUGUUUUUGUCUAGAUGCCCAAUCACUCAGCCAGAACAAAAGGGGUUAUUAGUUUGAUCUGGCUGCCCUUCCCAACCAGGCUCUGUCUGUCCCAACCGCAUCCCUCUACUCCCAAAAACAAAAGACAAAAAGUGUUUUGCAACCUUCUUCAGCUGCGUUUUAUUGUAGAGACAAAUUUAAAAUGACUUAUCAGACCACUUAUCACAGGGGAGGAAAAUCUUGUUAAUACGACCCACUCUGUGAUCCAUCUUCUGUUGAUAGUACAUAAUCUUGACUUGUGUGCUAGGAUCAUCAUCCCAUUUAAAAGGAAAAGAAAAACAACCACAACAAAAAAAAAUGUAAAAUACUUGAACGAGAGCUUGUAUUAUAACAUUAAUAUUAUUCAGAGUAUCUGCUUUCUAGGCUGAUGUGAUUCAUUAUUCUAGUAAUGCUUUAGUCCUUUGUAAUUUGUGGUAAUUAUGCUUUUUCCUUUUUAAUACAAAAAAAUGUAUAAAAAUAAAAACCUCAAAAGACA